GGUGGGGGGGGGAGGAGCACCAACCUCAAUAGAGAAAGCAAUAGGAAAAAAAAAAAGGGAAGCAAACGAGAACACGAAAGGGAAAACAACACUGGCAUAAAGAUGAAUCGAACGCUAAACAAGGACAGAACAAUGCUGUCCAUGGUAGGGCUUCGCAUGUUCGCGCGCUUGACUAGGCGCUGUCUGCACGCAUGCAUUCAUGUGUGCGUGGAAAAGAGAGAAUGCCGCAGGGGGUAAGAGAGGGGAGGGGGAGUGCGGCAACGAAGGCGGGUGGGCUACAUAAUUGAAGAGGAUGAAUACUCCUUUGGUAGGACGAAUCCGGAGAAGACCUUCUUCCCUGUCCGAAUUGCCCCUGUUAUGGGCAUGAUGUUCCAAUACAUGAUUAUAGUUGACACUCCAGAACCGUCCUUCAAAGUUAUCAAUGCUGCAAGAGAUCAGAAAAUCGAACUUUACGCCGGCCAGAAAGUGACACUAACAACAGAUGCGACGGUUCCAGCAUCUUCCCAAGUGCUUCCUGUGAAUAGCCCUGAUUUCAUGAAGUACGUUAAACUUGGGGAGAGACUUUUUGUGGGCAUGUAUCUUGCAACUGGAAGCGACAACUUUUCGGCUGUCCUUCAGGUUGAAGAAGUGGAAGAGAAGUCUGUUGUCUGUCAUUGCGUUGACCGUGCAACUCUUGAAAGUGGAGCAAUUAUGGUGCAUGUGGCGAAGUACAGCUCAGAAAUGCCGAGUAUCUUUUCGCAGAAGGAAGUGGAGCAAGAGCUGAAAAUAUGGGACCAGCCUGAUCUUGUGGACUUCGUUGAGGUUUCUUGCACCCGCACCGCGGAUGAUAUAAAGCAGAUGAGGAGAUUUCUGAGGAGCACAAGAUACAUGAGAGAGACCAAGCUCGUGGCAAAGAUUGAGAGCAGACAGGGAUUGUGCAAUUUUGAUAGUAUUCUGGAAGAAGCUGAUGGCAUUAUGAUGUCGAGAGGUGACUUGGGCCUGGCAGUUCCGUUAGAGAAGGUUGUGCAAGCACAGAAACAUAUUGUUCGCCGAUGUAAUCAAGUUGCAAAGCCGGUUACUGUGACGAGGGUCUUGGACAGUAUGGUGAACGUUCCCCAACCAACUCGAGCUGAGGCGACAGAUGUUGCGAAUGCAGUACUGGAUGGUGCAGAUGCCGUCCUUCUGGGGGCAGAAACUGUGCGUGGGUCUUUCCCCGUUGCAACUGUGAGAACGGUGUUAUCAAUCUGCAAGGAGGCAGAAACUGCAUUCAAUAAAGAAGUUUAUGGGAAAUACCUGAUGAAGAGCUUCCCAAGCCCAGUUCCGCAUGACCUGGCAGUGGCUGCAUCAGCAGUCAGAGCUGCCUCGAAAAUCAAGGCACACAUGAUCAUCUGCUUCACAUCAACAGGGAUCUCUCCGAGGUUGACGGCAUCCUUCCGGCCUAACAUCCCGAUUCUGACAGUGGUUCUUCCUACGCUUAGUGUUGGCAGCAAUCUCAAGUGGACUGCGUCGGGAGCCAUGCAGGCUCGCCAGACACUCAUAACAAGUGGGCUGAUUCCUGUUUUAGCUGAUCCACGGGGCGAACCGAGUCAGCAGCAUCUGCAAGACGCCUUCAAGGUGGGCAAGAAGCUCGGACUUGUUCUCUCCGGCAAGGUGGACUUCAGACGGAGUGAGAGGGUGGUAGGUUCCUCCAGAGAGCCGAUUCGGCGAUGCCGUGGUAGUUUUGUAGAGAGCUCAAAGAUUGGGGGGUUGAUUGUGCUCACCUCUGCCGCACGGGAGAAGAGUAGCUCUUAAUCAUUUGCAGAGUUCUAAGUCUUUUUUUGUUUUUUGGCGGAGUUCUGACUUUAAGUGUUGACUUCAUAGAAUUUUGAAAGAGGUAUUCAAUUUUGUCUGGGAAGAGGAGAGGAGGUUGGUGAAAGAGGUCGAGAAAGAGGUAGAGAGUAGUGUUUUGUUCGUCUCCUUCACUUCUCAUGGAUAGCGGGAAGCAUUCGCAGGCAGGAGGAGGUCAGUGAAAGAGGCAGUGGUUUUGGAGUACACAAGUCAGUGGUGGAGUGUCUCUCUCCACCACGCCGGGAGAGUAGUGUGAAUCGUUGGCAGCGUGCAAGUACUUGGCAACGAAAUUUUGAGAUAAAAAAAAGGAAAUGAAAACAAUUUUCUCCG